AUGCAAGUUUCAAUUAUUUCUCUUAUUUUUCUUGUCGGUUUUGUUCAUGUAUGUUUAUCUGCAACAACUCCGGAAUGGAUAGGAUUCUACAAUGUUGAUAAUAGCUGUAAUCAAGCCACAUGUUGCUGUUUAUCUGAACAAGUCAAAAUUACCAAAGCUAAUAAUACACAUUUUUUAGUUGAAGCUAAUGUUGCCGGUGUACCAUGUCAAGCACAACUCAGUGGAGCAACUACAAUAUCUGUUCCACUUCUAAUUCCUCAAGAUAAAAAUGGUUUUCAAAUAACAACAAUGUUUCUUGGUACAAACAAUCGAUUUACACUUAGUGCCGAUAGUCAAUAUAUUGCUCAUGCUAAUUUACAAUCUCCCCAAUGUAGUGGUAGUGCACGACGAGCUGUUAGUAAUUGGGUAGGAACAUUCAAUAUUGAUGAUAGUUGUAACCAAGAUGAAUGUUGUUGUUUAUCUGAACAAGCAACUAUUAGUAAAAAAAGUGAGACACAAUAUUUAGUAACAGGACGUGUAGCUGGUAAACCAUGUGCAGCACAAUUGAAUGGUUCAACUACAGUUGAAGUAACUAUUGGAGCUCCUCAAGAUAAAAAUGGUUUUCAAAUAACAACAAAUUUUCUUAGUACUAAUAAUCGAUUUACAUUAACCUAUGAUAAUCAAUAUGUUGCUAAUGUUAAUUUACAAUAUCCACAAUGUAGUGGUAUGGGACGACGAGUUGAUGAAAACAAAAAUACAGCUUCAUUGAUUUCAUCAUCAUUGAUUCUUAUUGUUAUUAAUGCUUUCUUAUUUCGUAUGAUUUGUGUGUAA